AUGUUUUGUGUGUCAUCAACUGAAAUUGGGGCCAUCAUGAAUAUAACCAAGGGUGGACUGGUGCUGUUUUCAGCUAAUUCCAAUUCAUCAUGCAUGGAGCUGUCCAAGAGGAUUGCUGAGCGCUUAGGAGUUGAGAUGGGGAAGGUUCAGGUGUACCAAGAGCCAAACAGAGAAACAAGAGUGCAGAUUCAGGAGUCUGUGAGAGGAAAGGAUGUUUUUAUCAUCCAAACAGUUUCAAAGGAUGUGAAUACUACAAUCAUGGAGCUCCUGAUCAUGGUGUAUGCCUGUAAAACCUCCUGUGCCAAGAGCAUUAUUGGAGUGAUCCCUUACUUCCCCUACAGCAAACAGUGCAAGAUGAGGAAAAGGGGCUCCAUUGUCUCGAAAUUACUGGCUUCAAUGAUGUGCAAAGCUGGGCUAACUCAUCUUAUUACCAUGGACCUACAUCAGAAGGAAAUACAGGGCUUCUUCAACAUUCCAGUUGAUAACUUGAGAGCAUCUCCAUUCUUACUACAGUACAUCCAAGAAGAGAUACCAGACUACAGGAAUGCUGUAAUUGUGGCCAAAUCACCUGCGUCUGCAAAGAGGGCACAGUCGUUUGCUGAGCGCUUACGGUUGGGCAUUGCUGUGAUUCAUGGGGAAGCUCAGGAUGCUGAGUCUGACAUGGUGGAUGGUCGACACUCCCCACCUACAGCCAAAAACGUAGCUGCCAUUCACCCCAGUUUGGAGAUACCCAUGCUGAUUCCCAAGGAAAAACCACCCAUCACAGUUGUGGGAGAUGUAGGAGGAAGAAUUGCAAUCAUUGUGGAUGACAUCAUAGAUGAUGUUGACAGCUUUCUUGCUGCAGCUGAGACCCUCAAGGAGAGAGGAGCUUACAAGAUCUUCGUCAUGGCCACGCAUGGCCUCUUAUCUUCAGAUGCUCCCCGGCUGAUAGAGGAGUCGGCCAUCGACGAGGUGGUUGUUACAAACACAAUUCCACACGAAAUACAGAAGCUCCAGUGCCCUAAAAUCAAGACUGUGGAUAUCAGCAUGAUCCUCUCGGAAGCCAUCCGCAGGAUCCACAACGGGGAGUCCAUGUCGUACCUGUUCAGAAACAUAGGGCUGGAUGAUUAG